AUGCGUACCUCACGACUCCUUCUACGCUUUGGUGCAUCUCUUUUUUGUGCUGCUGGCAUCACAAGCGCUACUUAUGUUAUUGAGGACAUCUACGAUACUGACAACUUCUUUGACUCAUUCAAUUUCUACACCGGCGGAGAUCCAACCGCUGGUUUUGUCAAAUAUGUAGGAGCUGUCACUGCAAACGAUAGCAGUCUGGCUGGCUAUUCGAGCGGUGCGGUCUAUCUCGGAGUCGACCAUAAAACAAGGAAUCCGACUGGCGGCCGCGAUUCCGUUCGACUCGCAUCUAACAAGGCAUACACCAAGGGUUUAUUCAUUGCCGACAUUGCACACAUGCCAAACGGUAUAUGUGGCGUAUGGGGAGCUUUUUGGACUUUCGGGCCCAAUUGGCCAAGUUCGGGCGAGAUCGACAUCAUUGAAGGCGUGAACAUGCAGGCAACAGACUCCAUCACCCUCCACACAUCCCCCGGCUGUACCCUCGGGAGCACCGGUUCACUGCCCACUUCGAACCUCUCGAAUACAAACUGCAACACCGGGAACGGAAAUGACGGAUGUAGUUUCUCAACCGCAAAUACGGAGGCCUUCGGCACUGGUUUUAAUGCUAUAGGUGGCGGAAUAUAUGCCAUGGAGUGGACAUCCUCAGCGAUCAAGGUCUACUUCUUCCCCCGAUACUCGAUCCCCGCAGACAUCACAGCCGGUCACCCAGAUCCAACCCGUUGGGGAAUGCCAAUGGCUAGCUUCAGUGGAAGUGGUUGCGACAUCGACUCCCAUUUUGGCCAACAUGCCAUCGUCUUUGACAUCACCUUCUGUGGACAAUGGGCAGGAAAUGUCUGGUCCAGCAGCCCUUGCGCUUCCAAGGCUCCCACCUGCAAUGCCUAUGUUGCUCAAAACCCAGCAGCGUUCACGGGCGCCUACUGGUUGAUCAACUCGGUGAAAGUGUAUCAGGAAUAGACGACGAAGGCGAUGAUGGUCCUAUUCCCAUUGUAUUCAUGAUAGAGGCGCCCGAGAAAAGCAAUUAGGGCUUGGUUUCUUUGAAAAUAUUGAGGUUAGGGGGUCGGAGUUUGCGAUGCGAUAUACCUUUGCUGAUUACUUACGAAACUGGAGUUCGGGGUGGAACGAACAUAGCGCGUGAGGAUGAGAACCUGUGGAUCAUGGCGGUACAUUCUAUCGAGUGUGCAUACAUACAGUCUGGAUUUCAAUGAAUAUGUAUUCACGAUAUUCCCGAACUGAUAUUGUACGAGGAUGAAGACUUGGGUCCAGGUAAUGACGAUUCAGCCGUCAAAACAUCAUGACUUGUGAUGAAUGCAAUGGGGC